AUGGCGUACGUAGACCGCGUGCAUGCAAAAAAAAAUACAAACAAACUGCCAGCACGAUCUACUCGCCCGCCCACCCCGUCUACUCGCCCGCCCCAUCCGAUCGCCGCCGCCGCGGAUCGCCGCCGCCGCGGAUCGCCGCCCUCCGACCCCGUCCGCCGCCGCCGUCCGAGCCCGUCCGACGCCGCCGUCGCCAUCCCAACGGCGUGCGUCGCCGCAUCUCACCGUCAUCAUCCACCGCCCGAAUGUGAAGGCCCGUCUACUCGCCCGCCCACCCCGUCUACUUGCCCGCCCCAUCCGAUCGCCGCCGCCGCGGAUCGCCGCCCUCCGACCCCGUCCGACGCCGCCGUCCGACUCCGUCCGACGCCGUCGUCGCCGUCCCAACGGCGUGCGUCGCCGCAUCUCACCGUCAUCAUCCACCGCCCGGACGUGAAGGGCCCGACAUGCCACGCCGCCUCCGCACCACUCUCCCCACCCCCCGUCGCGGAUCCUGCCAAACAUCCGUUCGGUGGCUCGUCGUGCACGUCGCCGGCUGCUAGAUUCAAGGCGGGGACAGCUGCCGUCGUCGAACGCCGGCGACGCCUAAACCGCGGGGCAAGGCGUGUUGACAUGGAGAAAGAAUCCGCAUUCGGGAGGGACGAGAAUGAUACUGAUAAGGUGACUAAGACUGAUAACGAAAAUUUGAACGAAGAUGAUGAGAGCAGCGACAAUGAUUCCGUCUCGUCAUAUGAUAUCUUACCUCCGGAUGAUUUUCAUAAUAAUGAACAUGGCGCAAAUAGUGAAAACGAAUCAUUUGCAGAUAACUUGAGCCAGGAGGAGUCAGAUGGUCCUAGCGUUGAUCACGAUGAGGGAGAGAUCGAUAUUGAGGAGGCUCAAAGGCAGCAGAAGAUGCUUUAG